GGGUUGUCGUCGGGGGAAAUGGAGCUGGAGACGGAGGCGUUGUUGCAGGAAGCGCACGAGAGCAUCGAGGCGGCGCGUACCUACUGCCGUGAGCUGCAGCAACGCCUAAAAGGACUGCACCUGGCUCGCCAGCAGAUCAAAAAUAGUGCUGCACACACCCGGGAAGUCCUGGAACAGCAUUUCAGCGACUUAAAAGGGACCUUGAAGAAGUUGCUGGAUGAAAGAUUGGCCUCCCUGCUCCAGGAAGUAGACAGCAUAGAACAGGAAAGUAUCAAGCCCUUGGAUGAGUGCCAGAAGCUCAUAGAACAAGGAGUUGGGACAGCCAAUGAACUUCUCCAGGAAGGUGAAAGUGCCAUUGGUGGAAUUACAAGGGACAACAGUGACAAGCUGUGCAGUUUUACAAAAAAGGCUUUGCACAUUCAGCUGGACAGUUUACCUGAAGUGCCACCGCUGGUUGAUGUGGCUAGCUUAUCUGCUCAAUGGGACGACUCCUUUUUUACAAUAAUGAAAAGCUACAUCUUCAGCCAUGGAACAGUAGCAUCUCGACCACCCAUACAGAUAGAAGAACUGAUCGAGAAGCCUGGGGGUAUCUUAGUACGAUGGUGCAAGGUUGAUGAGGACUUCAUCCCACAAGACUACAGACUUCAGUAUCGCAAGAGUACCACUUGCCAUUUUGAAGAUGCGUACAUCGGUUCAGACACAGAAUUCACGGUGUUGCACAUCGACCCCAACAUCGAUUAUCAGUUCAAGGUUUGUGCACGGGGAGACGGCCGUCAGGAAUGGAGUCCAUGGAGCGUUUCUCAAACUGGGCGUUCCACAUUAGUGCCUCAUGAAUGGACUCCAGGCACGGAGGGCUACAGCUUGAGCAGCCGAAGAAACAUAGCCCUCCGAAAUGAUUCGCAGGCAGGUGGAGUGCUGUAUUCCAAGGCUCCAACUUACCAUUGCGGCCAGACGCUGACAUUCCGAAUUGAAACAGUUGGCCAGCCAGACAGGAAAGAUAGUAUUGGAGUUUGUGUUGAGCAGCUCAAUGGCUAUGAUUCUUUGCAACGGGAUAAAGCUGUGUGCAUUAGUACCAAUGGAGCUGUUUUUGUCAAUGGAAAAGAGAUGACCAACCAGUUGCCUGCGGUGACCUCAGGGUCAGCUGUAACCUUCGACAUGGAAACUGUGAAUUUAGGCCCUUGCAAUAAUAAUGGGGGGAACUUCAAACUCAGAGUGACAAUUAGUUCCAACAAUAGGGAAGUGGUCUUUGACUGGGUACUUGAUCAAUGCUGUGGCUCUCUGUAUUUUGGAUGCUCCUUCUCCUAUCCCGGCUGGAAAGUUUUGGUGUUCUAACUCUUAGACUGAGAAGCAGUAGUUGUCUUUUG